ACCACCCCUACAUGCAUUACACUAUCUUAAUCAAAAUUUUUGUUGGCAGCCUAUUUUUUCAUAAAAAUAUGGAUUACCCCCUCCGUCUAAAAAAAACCAUCUCAAAAAACAAGUAACUGGGAUCUGAAAAUGUUGAAGAAAACAAGUAAUUUUUAUUCCGUUUAGCAAGUGUAUGAGACACUCAAUUAGCGUCAAAUAUAAGUAAUAAAUAGGAGCAAGCAAAAUUAUUUUACAUCGUUGUUAAUCUGUCCAGAAAUUUGUAGAAUGACUUACAUUUUUGGACUUAGGGACUAUGCCAUGAAAAUAGGAGAUGGCAUGGAUCUUCAGUACGAGGCUUGUGCCGGAGUGCGAGAAGUUUACUGGGACUUCCUGACUCGGCUCCUAGCGGGUUCGGCUGAGGGCCAGAGCCCACCUGGCGUCUGGCCUGCAUGGAACCAACAAGUCAUCACAAAUCCAGCACCUUCCCGCACCGCCGCGGCGGCGUCGCCGUCCGUCUCUACCAAAAUCCCCCAAACCCCGUGCCCGGACCCAAACUCCGCGCCGCUCUGUGAGUCCCGUCUCCCACCCUCGCCUCGCCUCGCCUCGUCUCCAUGGCGGCCACCGCCUCCGCCUCCGCCUCCAACCCCUUCCCGUUCCCCUCCCGCCGCCCGCCGGACGACACCCUCUUCUGCGCUGUCUACCCGCUCCCGAUCCCCACCAAGCUCCCCGCGCCCGCGCUCCUCGCCUCGCUGCAGUCCCUGCACCUCUCGCUCCUCUCCCACCUCGCUCCCUUCCUCUCCUCCCACCUCUUCCACCGGGACCCCUUCACGCUCUCCAUCCCGGCCGACCCGGCCGCCUCCUGCGCGCUCUGCGCCUCUCCGCCCGUGCCCCACCUCCACGGCGCGCUCCGCUUCGGCGACUCCCUCCCCGACGAGUGGCUCGCCGUCUCCCUCCUCUUCGCGCUCACCCGCGCCUUCCCCGACAUCGCCGCCCGCGCCUGGGACUCCGACGGGGAGUUCCUCCUCAUCGAGGCCGCCUUCGCGCUCCCGCGGUGGCUCGACCCGGAGUCCGCCCCCAACCGCGUCUUCAUCUUCCGCGGCGAGCUCCACAUCCUGCCGCCCUCCCUCUUCCCGGAGACGCCGUCCCUGGAGGCCGCGCUCGCCGCCGUACACGACGACUCCAUCGACACCCGCGCCCCCGACGCCGUCCAGGCGGCGAUACAGCGCCGCAUCGCCGGGCUGCCCGAGCGGGCGGCGGAGAACCUCCACACGGCGCGUGUUAUCGUCCCGGCGCCCGUGGCGAAGGUGCUGAAGGAGGAGCCGUGCCUGAUCGCGCGAGCUGUCGAGGGGUUCUAUGACCGGGACAUUGACACCAUGAAGCACGCGGCGAGAAUGGAGAAAUUCCUCAAGGUGGCCAGUGGGGAGGGCGUCGAGAUGGUGAGAACCUCGGUGCGAAUGACGCGAGCAAUGUACGCACAGCUCGUGCAGCAGAACUUCCAGGCGCCCAGGGGUUACCCAAUGCCGAGAAGGGAGGAGGGGCCGGAGAAAUGGAUGGAGGCAGAGCUGGGGAUGAAGAUUGCCUGCGGAUUCGAGAUGAUGUACCAGGAGAGACGACGCCAGGGGGAAGAAGGUAAAGGGAGCACGUGGGAGGUUUACAGGAAAAGCUUGGAGGCGACUGGGUGCUUUGAGGGGCUGCUUCCUGGGUCAAAGGAGUAUAAUAGGGUUAUGGACAAUGCAAUGCAAUAUUACAAGAGCUCCACUUUGUACUCAAGAACGAGGGAGAUACUAAGUGAACCAGUCCGUCGAAUUGAUGAAAUCCUAUCAAUGCCAUACUCAGCCGAUGAAUUUAAAGGCGUUGAUCUUCCUCCCAGUGAUGGUGACUCCUGGUUAUAUGGUGGGGAGGAGGAGUUAAAUGCUGAGCUCCGCGAAAGGGAGAAAGAACUGGAAGAGUAUGAAGCUGCAAAGAAGCACCGGAAAAGUCAAAAGCAAAGUGUAUCUGGUGGUUCUAAAUCCCAGGCAGACCAGUUUAAGCUGGGAGAGAUUACAGAAUCCAUGCAAGAUUUUGUUCGUAAAAUGUCCAGCUUUGAGGGAGCUGAAGUUCCUGCGAACAGGAGAGAUAUGGAAUCAGUGGACCUAGAUGUCAACCAGUUCUUCAAGGCCAUGGAGUCGGUUUUUGGUGAAGGUUCACAAGAGCAAGCUGGCAGCGAUGAUGGUUUUGAUAGAAAAUCCUCAUCAUCUGACAUGGACUUUGAUGAUUCUGAUGAAGAGAAUGAUUUUCCUGAGGAAUUAGGUGACAAGGAUAUGGAUGAUUCUUUUAUGGAAUCAUAUUCAGAUGCUUUAAACAAAGAGCUAAGCAGUACCACUCUUGAGAAAAGCUUUGCUCGCGCACCACGCACAGGCACCAUCGAUGAGGGCCCAUCAAAUGCUGCAGCUACUGAUGGGGAGAUGACUCCAGUUGACGUGGAUUUGAACCUUGUAGAGAGCAUUCUAAACUCUUACUCUUCUCAACAAGGCCUUCCCGGUCCAGCUUCGAAUUUGCUAGGACUUAUGGGCGUAGAGGUACCUCCAGAUGGUAAAAAGUCUUGAUUUUGUGUAUUAGUGUACACGUGAGAUCUCGGGGAAAAAUAGGAAUGACUUAUCUUACAUUUAUGGCCGGUUACCCGAUUUAUUGUGAUAGAAUGUCUUGUCUAACCUUGAUAUCAUACUUGUAUGGAAAAAGUUGAGAAAUGGAGUUUGCGGUGUGGCAUGGCAUUUCUGCCCACAGAAGGCACAAGCAUCAA